AUGUCAACGACUCCGGUGUUGGCAAUGCCUAACUUUGAUAUGAUGUUUGAAGUUCAUACGGAUGCCAGUGAUGUGGGAAUUGGAGCCGUUCUUACACAAGAAGAUCGACCAAUUGCCUAUAUAAGCAAGGCCUUGGGGAGUGUACGAGUGGGAUGGUCGGUCUACGUAAAAGAAUUGCUAACUGUGGUAGAAGUGGUUCGGGUUUGGAGGCAUUACCUUUUGGGCCGACAUUUUCGAAUUGUGACGGACCAACAGCCACUUAAGCAUCUAUUGGAGCAACGAACAGUAACUCCGGAGCAACAAAAGUUCGUGUCGAAGCUCAUGGGAUGA